UGUGUACGUUUAUGAAGACUCAACUCACACGACCGCACGAUUGUAUUUCGAAUCAACCGGCACGCGUUUGAAGCUGUUGGAAGAUCGCUGCGUUGGAACGGGACAUUUUGCCUUGCAUACGUCGUCUGAACGGAUUCUAUUUUCGCAAACCGUAGAGAAUGGCCGAGGUAGAUUUGACUCCAGCACAGGAUGGCGGCGUGUUGAAGAAAAUCAUCAGGGAAGGAGAAGGAGAAGAGACUCCUAUGAAUCGUUGCAAGGUGAAGGUACACUACGUCGGUACUUUGGAGGAUGGCACGAAGUUUGACUCUAGCAGAGAUAGGAAGUCCCCGUUCACCUUUACUCUUGGAAAUAACAGUGUCAUCAAAGGAUGGGACAUCGGCGUUGCUACCAUGAAGAAGGGUGAGAUUGCUACGCUGACGUGUGCUCCUGAAUAUGCCUAUGGCGAGAACGGUAGUAAACCAAUGAUUCCACCUAAUGCUACAUUGAAGUUUGAACUUGAAAUGCUUGAUUGGACUGGAGAAGAUCUAUCUCCAAGUAAAGAUAAAAGUAUUCAGAGAUUCCAAAUUGUUCCUGGCCAAAAGUAUGCUCAUCCAGAAGAAGGUAGCACUGUAAAAUUACACUUGACUGGAAAGUACAAUGGUCAAGUAUUUGAAGAUAGAGAUGUAGAAUUUGUUCUUGGAGAAGGAGAAGUUGUAGGAGUUGUAGAUGGUAUAGAAAUAGCACUGAAGGAAUUUUUGGAGGGUGAGAAAUCUAGACUGCUAAUUAGAAGCAAAUACGCAUUUAAGGAACAAGGAAAUGUAGAGCUUAAUAUUCCACCGAAUGCAGACGUAGAAUAUGAAGUAGAAUUAUUACAGUUUGAGAAGGAGAAACAAAUAUGGGUAUUGAAAUCACACGAAAAGGUAGAACAAGCAAAGAUGCAAAAAGAAAAAGGAACAAAGUACUUAACAUCCAAUAAAAUCCAUUUAGCUAUUAAAGUAUACCAAAAAAUUUUCAAUUAUUUAAAUGAUACGACAGAUUUCGAGGACGAUCUCAAAAAGGAGAGAGAUAGUCUCGUAAUAGCGGCUCACUUAAACCUCGCUCUAUGUUAUCUAAAAACCAAUGAAAACACUUUGGCUAGAGAAGAGUGUACUAAAGCUUUAGAACUGGAUCCGCUUAAUGAAAAAGCUCUGUUCAGAAGAGGUCAAGCGAAUCUUGAGCUCGCAUCACCUGAAGAGGCUAUUAAUGAUUUCAAAAAGGUUCUAGAAGUACAGCCAAAAAAUACGGCUGCGUCUAAACAAAUUUUAAUCUGCAAUUCUCUUAUUAAGAAGCAAUUAGUUAAAGAGAAGAAACUUUAUGCGAACAUGUUCGAUAAGUUUGCAAAGGAAGAUAAACAGAAGGAGGAGCAAAAAUUGAAGGAACAAUCAGACGUGAUGCAUGGAACUCUAGGAGAAUGGGGACAGGAAGAAAGACCUGGAGGCAGAGACGCAACUGCCUUCGAGAAGGAAAACCCUAACAUACUUAUGCUCAACGCUAAUGGUUCUGGUGAAUUCAAAAAUAUGUAAACAAAUGACCCUCUCUUCUCUCUUUCAUUACACUGCCCUGCGUAAUCGAUAAAUUGAGGUAUCUCGUCAGUCUUUAUUUUCAGUGCCUUCUAAGUACUGUUACUUUUAAUAAAAAUUGCAUGUCUU